AUGGAUGGAUUAAGAUUACCUCCCGUCAUGGACUUCUCCGGCAACAUGGCGAGAAAUUGGUCCCUUUGGAAACAAAAAUUCCAGAUGUACAUGCUGGCUGCCGAUAAAGAUGAAGCAAGUGAGCAAGUUAAGGUUGCUAUACUUCUAAAUUUGAUAGGUGAUGAAGGUGUGGAAAUAUACAACACUUUCAAGCUACAAAUUGAAAAGACCACGUUGAAAGGCGUGAUGGACAACUUUGAAAAGCAUUGUCAGCCGAAGAAGAACGUGGUGUAUGAACGCUACAAAUUUUUAAGCUGCAACCAGAAGGAAGGUCAAUCAAUGGGUAGUUUCAUUACGGAACUGAAGACAAUGGUGAAGAAUUGCGAGUACGAAUCUGAAGAGGAAAUGGUACGUGACAAGAUAGUUAUGGGCAUCCGAGAUAAUGGUGUUCGAGAACGCCUUCUGCAAACUGAGGUCUUGUCCUUGAGGAAAGCAAUUGAUGUAUGCCAAAUAGCUGAAGUUAGCAGACAUCAAACAGAUGAGAUGGCAACGAAGAUGGACGGCACGAGCAUCAGGGUGGAUAAUAUCAACUCGUCCAAAUCUAAGAUAAGUACUUCAAACAUUGUUGCCUGGUAA